AUGUCCAGCUUCGUGUUGGAGAAGAUGUGCGGCUUGAUCCAGAGCGGAGUGAGAACUGACAAAGGCUUCAAGAAAGUCCAUCUCAAUACUGUGGCGAAGGGCCUAGCUGACCACUGUGGUGUGACCGUCUGCUCCACUCAGGUGUACAACCACCUGAGGAAGUGGAGGCAGAGGUGGCUCACCAUUAGCAGGCUCCGCGAUCUAAGCGGUGCUCGGUGGUGCGAGGACACCAAAUGCAUCGUCCUUCAGGGUGAGCACUACUGCGGGCACGUCGCGGAUCACCCAAAGGACGCGGAGUUCCUGAAUGUGCACAUCACCAACUACGACGAGAUGCACACCAUCUUCUCCUUCGGACUCGCCACCGGCAAGUACGCCAUGGGAUCCAAUGAUCCCCUGGGCUCGCCUGCACCACCUCCUGCACCUGAGGAUGCUGACACCCAGGAGUCCGACACGGUCAACCUUGAUGCUGACAAGUCUGCCGACGCGCCUGAGAAGCCGACCGACGGCAAGAGGAAGAGAGGUGCCUUCACCGACGACGAGCUGGUGGCCUUCACCAACAUAACUGUUGCUGUGAAGGAGGUCACACAGGCCAUCAGGGCGAACAAGCCCACAGACAUGCACCCUGACCUGUACAAUGCGGUCAUGGACAUGCUUGGCUUCACCGAGGAUGAUUUGAUGGUCGCCCUCAGCCACCUCGUCGACCACAAGUUUUAG